UUAUUAAUAAUUUAUUAUUUAUACCCCGCCCAUCUGGCUGGGUUCCCCCAGCCACUCUGGGUGGCUUCCAACAAAACAUUAAAAUACAGAAAUCCAUCAAACAUUAAAAGCUUCCCUAAACAGGGCUGCCUUAAGAUGCCUUCUAAAGGUCUGGUAAUUGUUAUUCUCUUUGACCUCUGGUGGGAGGGCAUUCCACUUCCUGCAAAGCAAGUCUCAAAGAAUUUGGCAACUACCAAUUGACAAUAGCAUGAGUCUCAUUGCUCUGUGUGGGCUUGCUUCCAAGUGCACAUGAUAAGAAUCAUCCUGUACACAUGAAUCCCUUGGUGUCUUAGUUUAUUAUUACUCGAGACAGCCUCUCGAAUAAUAAUGAUGCUCUUGUCUUAGUGCCCUGUAUCAUGCGACCAGAUCCUAAAGCUAGUAUAUUCGGAUAAGCCUACUUCAGCAAUGCAAACACAUUGCUGGAUCACAGGGCAGGAAAAGGCUGUUAAACAGAGAAGUCUUUAGCAAGGACCUAAAACAGGCACCCCAAAACUUCGGCCCUCCAGAUGUUUUGGACUACAAUUCCCAUCUUCCCUGACCACUGGUCCUGUUAGCUAGGGAUCAUGGGAGUUGUAGGCCAAAACAUCUGGAGGGCCGCAGUUUGGGGGUGCCUGACCUAAAACAACGGUUCUCAAACUGUUUUCUCUGGGACACACUUUCAGAAUAAAAAUUUGCUCAUGCCACACCAAAAAUUUUAUUGAUAAGAAAUAUGUUGCAUAACAAACAGGACGCGGGUGGCGCUGUGGCCUAAACCACAGAGCCUAGGGCUUGCCAAUCAGAAGGUCGGCGGUUCGAAUCCCCGCGACAGUGUGAGCUCCCGUUGCUCGGUCCCUGCUCCUGCCCACCCAGCAGUUUGAAAGCACAUCAAAGUGCAAAUAGUGGUCAGGGAAGAUGGGAAUUGUAGGCCAAAGCAUCUGGAGGGCCGAAGUUUGGGGAUGCCUCAUUUAGAGAAUUGGUUUGCAGGGGGACAUAGUUCGGAAAGCAACAGCUGGGCAGAGCUGAGUGGGGAACAACUAAGAGAAGCAGAACAGGAAGAGAAAGAGAUCCAAUGAAUCCGGCUUUCCAUCCCGUCGUUGCUGGCGAUCUCUGGCAUGAAGGCAUUGAUCUAGGUCUGAAAAACAUCAGUCUGGUUUCGUUCUAGUCUGCCUUUUGUCUACAUUCACGCAUAGAAAAGAACCAAACUCCGAGCUGCAAUUAUGUCGGCUUACUCAAAAAGCUACAAUCCUUUUGACGAAGAUGAGGAUGAAGACUUAAAGCCAGUCAAGUGGAAUGAAAGUAAUGAGCCCCCUAGGGAAGGGGCAGAUAGACAGAGGUACCUGCAGCAAGAAGUCCUGAGGCGGUCCCAGGCCACUGUGGACAGCAGCAACCGCGCCGUGUCCCUCAUUUAUGAGUCUGAGCAUAUUGGCGUAGCUGCAUCAGAGGAGCUCGCACGGCAAGGCGAGGUACUGAAACGCAGCGAACGAAUGGUGGAUAAGAUGGAUCAAGACCUGAAAACAAGUCAGAGACACAUCAACAGCAUCAAGAGCGUGUUUGGUGGCUUUGUGAAUUACUUCAAAGCCAAGCCACAAGAGGUCAAGGUUGAACAGAACGGGGCUGCCGAAUACCAAGCAAGCAACAAAUUGAAAGAAGCCAUAUCCGUUAGCAAAGAACAGGAGUCAAAGUACCAGGAGAGUCAUCCAAACCUACGGAAGUUGGAUAAUUCAGAGCAUAGUUCCACUGGAACCAGUUCAGAGUCUUCGUUCCCACCUGAUCGUUACCCAAGGAAUCAACACCUCCGAGCUUACCAUCAGAAAGUCGAUAACAACUUAGAUGAAAUGUCCUCUGGGCUGGGCCGCCUGAAAAACCUCGCUCUUGGCCUACAGUCUGAAAUUGACGAGCAGGAUGAAAUUCUGGGUCGCCUUACCACAAAGGUGGAGACUCUGGACAUCAAUAUUAAAAGCACGGACAAAAAGAUCAAGGAGCUUUAAGAGAGAUCCAAAUCUCUUGCCUCCACACAAGAACUUGAUUGCUUUUAUACAGCUGGAGAUCAUCUUGCUAUCUGGAAAACAACCAGCAUAAGAAAAAUGGGUUUAUGUGACUGAUUUGCCUUGUAAUUAAAGACGGAUAACCUGAAGUGCAA